CACUUUUCAUAUACACACACACUCAUGUAACACCUUCUUCAAGUCACACCAUUUUUUAUUUUUUCUUCAUUCAAAACAACCCAUUUUAGGGACUAACACAAAUUUUCUUUAUUUAAUUCCUUAAUAAAUAUUUCAAACCGUCACCACCAUUUUUCUUCAAUCUCUUUCUCUAACAUAUUUGAAAAUAUUUUUCACCCUUUUCAUAUAUACCAAACUUGUGCCUUAUAAAAGGGUGUUUCAUUUUCCAACAAAUUAUAUAAUCAGUUACAAAUGAUGACAAUAACAGGAGAUGUUACUUCAAGAACAAUGAGUUUCAAGAAUGAAAGAAACUUAGACGAGGUUAUUGCUGAAGAAGAAUCAUCAUGUUCUAAGAGAAGGAAAGUUGGAAACCUGAAGUUGCAAACUACAUUCUCAUUCAAGUAUUUGGUUACGGAAAAUUCUGGUUCCAAAGAUGGUUUUAUUGAUGAUGUUUUCAAUAAACAAAGCCCUUCAAUUUUGUUGGAUAAACCAGAAAUUUGGUUUUCUCCAAAAUCCAUUGGAGAGCUUGAUGUUGCUGCAAUAAAGUUGCAGAAGGUUUAUAAGAGUUAUAGGACUAGAAGAAAUUUAGCAGAUUGUGCAGUUGUUUGUGAAGAGCUAUGGUGGAAGGCUUUGGAUUUUGCUGCACUUAGUAGGUGUUCUAUAUCACAUUUUGAUUCAGUUAAAUCAGAAACUGCUCUUUCAAAAUGGGCUAGAGCUAGAACUAUGGCUGCUAAGGUGGGAAAAGGAUUGUGUAAAGAUGAUAAAGCACAGAAACUAGCUCUUAGACAUUGGCUUGAAGCUAUUGAUCCCCGACAUCGAUACGGACACAACUUGCACUUAUACUAUAAUGUUUGGUUUCAUAGCCAGAGCACUCAACCUUUUUUCUACUGGUUGGAUGUUGGCGAUGGAAAAGAAGUAAACCGUGACGAAUGUCCAAGAAUUGAUUUACAGAAGCAGUGUAUAAAAUACCUUGGACCUAAAGAAAGGGAGGUUUAUGAGGUGAUUUUAGAGGAAGGAAAGUUUGUUUAUAGAAAAAGCAAGAAUUUUGUACACACUUGUGAAGGAUCUAAGUGGAUAUUUGUUCUUAGUUCAUCUAGAAUUUUGUAUGUUGGAGAGAAGAAAAAAGGUCAAUUUCAACACUCAAGUUUUCUAGCUGGCGGUGCUACUAUUGCAUCCGGAAGAUUAGUCGUCCAAAAUGGUGUUCUUCAUGCUAUAUGGCCCUAUAGUGGUCACUAUCGUCCUACAAAGAAGAAUUUCAUGGAAUUCAUUGGCUUCUUGAUGGAACACAAUGUGGAUUUGACAAAUGUAAAGAAGUAUCCAAUUGAUGAUGAUGUUCCACCUUCAGAACAUGUUGACAAUGAGGUUCAAUUUGAGUCCACAAAGACUAAUGUAACAUCAAGUGACUCUGCCAAAAAGUGUAGCCAAAACAAUGUGACAACUUCACAACAUAAAGAGUGCAAACCUUUGUCAAGCAAAUGGACCACAGGAGCUGGUCCUAGGAUUGGUUGUGUGAGAGAGUAUCCUACAAAACUCCAAGCUAAGGCACUUGAACAACUCAAUCUAUCACCUAGAGUCAACAAUGGAAAACUCACUAAUAUGAUUCCUAUUCCUUCACCAAGACCUAGUCCAAAGAUUCACUUGUCUCCUAGACUUGUGCAUAUGGGAAUUCCAAGUCCAAGAGUGCAUGUUACUUCGGCAAAUUAAAAGUCUUGUUUAAGUUGACGAUGAGUUUGACAGAAUCACAGUAUUUCACUGUCAAUAUUUCACUGUCAAUAUUCAAAUUGACAGCGAAUUUGAUAAAAUUACAGUGUUUCAUAGUCAACUCAUCGAAAUAAUGUUGUUUAGUUUAUACCUUAGUUCAGAAUUAUAGGACAAAGAUUACAAUAAGAUCUAACCCAUGAUUAUUUUUU